CUCUCUCUCUCUCUUGGGAUUGGGAUUGGGAUUGCCUAUUAUAUAUACCUUACCUAUACAGCACCUUUGCUUCCAUUACCAACCUCAUUUUGGAUUUUUCACUCUCUCUUGAUUACAUUGCUUCUUUGUUUCUCUUACUUUCCCUUUUCUUCUUUUUUCACUCCAAGAAGCACACACAAAACAAAGUUCUAACUGCUUCACUGAUCUUAUCGUUUCGAAUAUGGAUCCUUCUUGUGGACAACCUCAGCAAAUGUCAAGCCAAUCAUCAAUGGAAAACAUGUUAGGUUGCUCAAAAGAAGAGCAAGAAAGGAAGCCAAAACCUCAACCAGAACAAGCUUUGAAUUGUCCAAGAUGCAACUCAACCAACACCAAAUUCUGUUAUUACAACAACUACAGUCUUACUCAGCCAAGAUAUUUCUGCAAAUCUUGCAGAAGGUAUUGGACCAAAGGUGGAACAUUAAGGAAUGUUCCUGUUGGAGGUGGAUGCAGAAAAAACAAAAGAUCAUCACCAUCAUCAUCAUCAUCUUCAAAGAGGGUUCAAGACCAAACAUUCGCACCAAAUCUCAAUCCCUUUAAUAACCUCCCUCAUUCAUCUUAUGAUCAUAAUUCCAAUGAUUUUGCAUUGGCAUUAGCUAGGCUUCAAAAACAAUCAUGUGGACAAAUGGGUUAUGAUGAUCAUGAUGUUUCAAAUCUAGGAAAUUCAGGCAUGAACAACCAUUCAGCUAUAAAUCAUGGAUUUAUGGAUGCAAUUAGAAGUGGGUUAUUUCUUGGAAAUGGACUACAUUAUAAUAAUAAUGUUCAGAAUAUGUAUGGUGUGUAUGGAAAUGGGGACAAUGGUGAAGUAAAUAGUGGAAACAAUGCAAAUAACAAUGCUUGUGGGGUUAGUGAAGAGAUGAUGUUUCCCUAUGAUCAAGAAAUUAACAAUGUGAAGCAAGAAAUGUGCAGUGGAAGGGAACAAAUUAGUGAGAGUAAAGUUUUUGGUGGUUUUCCAUGGCAGCUGAAUGGAGGAUCAAACAUCGGUGAAGUUGAAUCGGCAAGACCAAGUUGGAAUAAUGGUUUCACAUCUCCUUGGCAAGGGCUUCUUCAUAGUCCCCUAAUGUAGAAUCAAAAGCUACAUUUUGGUUCUAAAUUGCAAUUUUGGUUACGUUACAGCUCUUGAUAUUGUGGUAAAAUGCAGACAAAUGUAGCUAAUGCAACCAUAAUUGCGAUCACAAUGCCUUUGCGGAAAUUACACAAUUUAGAAGUCGUUAAUUUAAUUUCGCCUAAUGUUUGACUAAAAUAUAUGAGUCUUGAUUAAUUUAAAUUUCAAUUCUCUUAAGUAGUUUUGGUUUAAUAGGGAUUUGAUUCAUUUUCAUUUGGAAUUGGAUUAAAUCUCUUUUCUACCUUGUUUGUUUGUAUUAUUUUUCCUUCUUUUUUUUUUUUAGUUCCUCUAAGAUGUCACAUUUUUUGUACGACUGUCUUGUUGUAAUAUUGGUGAAUAGACUAAUGAAAUUCCAGAUAUGUAUGUUUGCCACCAAAAUCAAUGAAGUUGGAGUGCACUAUUUUAUGAAA